AUGCACUCGCAAACACUCGUCCGUAUUCUGGCCGCGAUGCUCCCAUUCAUCUCCGUCGCGUCAAGCUCUGCCCUUUCGACAGACGUCACCUGCCCUUCGAAUGCUACCAACCACCUUUGCUGUCGGACGCUUGCUCCGUUCUCCGACAACGCGUAUGUCUGGGAGAACGUGUGUGGUAUCACAAAUGUACCCUCGACCACACCAACAGCGUCGUUUUGUAGUGAAUUGGAGACCUGUCCCACUGGCCUCUUACCCGUCUGCUGUGAAACGUUGGCUAGUUGUCAAUCGGGCGUUGAUGGUCCCAUCGGUCUCAAUUGCACCCAGGUGGAGAAUUAG